UUUCAUGAAUCAUGAUAAAUUCCGAUUGUUACUUAAGGAGGCAUUCAAUUUAGUCUAAUCAUAUACUAAUUUCCACUUGGCCUCAACUCCUUUAUGUACCAAAACAUUCCUCCCAUUAUUAGACUAACUUCCCAAUUGGCUUAGUUGAUAACUAUUUCCUUAGUUCAGAGUCCAAAAGGGCAGAGAGAAACAGUGAUGGGUAAUAACCUUUCACUCUGGUGCAUCAUCCUUUCUCUCCUCAUCAUCCUGAUGUACUCUGCAAAAGAGAUGAAAGGUCUUGGCUAUAUAUAUGAUCAUCUGCAUCAGCCAGAACAUAGCAAUAUUGCCAAGGAAUCUCAUCAAACGCCAUCCCACGUGGACCACAUAGAUCCUUCAUUGAACAUUUUCUUCAGGGUAGAUGACUUUAAGGUUGGCAAAACCCUGCCAAUCUGGUUUGCCAGCAAAGACAAUCCAUCCACCGGCUCGCCUCCUCUCCUCUCGAGAGAAGAAGCAGAUGCAAUUCCUUUCUCCACAAAACAACUCCCUUAUCUACUUGACUUAUUCUCCUUCCCCAAAGACUCAGAACAAGCCAAAGCAAUGGAGACUACCCUCAAACAAUGUGAAAAAAAACCCAUGAAAGGUGAAACCAAGUCUUGUCUUACUUCCCUGGAAUCUAUGCUUGAUUUUGUUCAAUCUGUCUUUGGCUCCCAUACCCACUUUAAGGUUUUAACCCCAAAAUUUGACAAAGGACGCAUUAUUCCUUUACAAAACUAUACAAUUUCUGAGGAACCUAAAGCAAUCUAUGCCCCAAGAAUCCUAGGUUGUCACAGGAUGCCUUAUCCUUAUGCAGUGUUCGUUUGCCAUACCCAAGAGAGUGACAACAGGCUGUUUGAGUUUUCCCUUGUAGGUGAGAAUGGAGAUAAAAUCAAAGCCCCAGGAAUCUGCCACAUGGACACUUCUGGGUGGGACUCGGAUCACAUUGCCUUUCGUCUGAUCAAGGUUAAACCCAGAGAAUCCCCUGUAUGUCAUGUCAUCCCCGAAGAUAAUCUAGUUUGGCUGCCUUUACACUGAAUUAUGUGUCUGUAAUAACGGAGGUUUCAAACUUUCAGUCUUUUUUCAGUUGUCUAGAACUCUGAUGAUGUCAGGUUACCGCAAGAAUGUGUAAAAAAAAAUUAAGAUGUUUGUCAGCAGAAUCUCUGUUUAAUCCUGUUGAAGAUUUUCGUUCCUCAUGAAUCUUCAGGUGUCUCCAGUAAAGAGCACAAUAAGGG